AUGAGGAGCUCGCAAACGCAUGGAUUAUCCCAAAUUAGGGAGGAUAUUCCGGAGGCGGUGCUGGACGGAGAGGACGGCGACUAUCAUCCAUACACACAAGCGGAGACGAUGGCUCUGUUCGACGCUUGGAUCAGUUUGUCGAACGAUCCCAUCCUCGGGAAUCAACAAAACCGCAAAGUUUUUUGGGAUAAGGUCACCGUCGUAUACAACGCAAAUAAGCCGAGGGGGGCCUUCCGCCGCAACCUAAAGAUGCUUCGAGCUCAUUUUGAGCGAGCCGACAGAGAUGUCAAAAGAUUUUGUGGGAUCUACAAGAGGGAAGCAGAGCAAUAUCAAAGCGGAGCCAGUGGAUCCAACAUUAUGAGAGCGGCUUUGCGAAUCUUCAAAUCCGACACCGACAAUGAUUUCAAAUUUCCCGAUGUUUGGGAGGCGGUCAAACAUCUUGAUAGGUAG